GCCGCGACUCCUCUGCAUCUCGCACACUUGCGCGAGACGCUCCCUGCCCCCGACCCCCUCUGCACCGGGUGCUGCACCUGUCAUGGCCUCCGCCAUCCGCGCUCCCCGCGCCAGCGCCAUGGGCGGCGCUGCUGGCCCUCGCGCCGGGCGCGUCCACAUGCUUGUCGUCUGCAUCUUCCACGCCUUUGCACCAUUGGUCAAGGCUCUUCCGCUCGGCGGCGUUGUGAGCGUACUGGCCGACGAGGAGCUGCCCAAGUCGCCUGACGACGCGAGCCUCUGGCUGUACCUGGGCAUCGCUGUCGGGCUGGUGCUCGCUGGCGGCGUCUUCGCCGGCCUCACUAUUGCGUUGAUGGGCCAGGAUGAGAUCUACCUUCAGGUACUUGCCACCUCGGGCGAGCCGCACGAGCGCAGGACGUCGACCAAGGUGCUGCGCCUGCUCAAGUACGGCAAGCACUGGGUCCUUGUCACGCUGCUGCUUAGCAAUGUCAUCACCAACGAGACCCUGCCCAUCGUACUCGACCGCUCGCUGGGAGGAGGCUGGCCCGCCGUGCUCAGCUCCACCGUCCUCAUUGUUAUCUUUGGCGAAGUCGUGCCCCAGUCUAUCUGCGUCCGCUAUGGACUGCCCAUUGGCGCCUGGUGUGCGCCCAUCGUUCUCGGUCUCAUGUGGAUCAUGUCGCCCAUUGCCUGGCCCACGGCGAAGCUGCUCGACUACCUCCUCGGUGAGGACCACGGCACCACCUACAAGAAGGCCGGCCUGAAGAGCCUGGUCACGCUGCACAAGUCGCUCGGCCACGCCGAAGAGCGCCUCAACGAGGACGAAGUCACCAUCAUCUCGGCCGUCCUCGACCUCAAGGCCAAGGCUGUCGGCGGCAUCAUGACGCCCAUGAAGGAUGUCUUCACCAUGCCGUCCGACACCGUACUCGACGAGAAGAUGAUGGAGAACAUUCUCUCCGCUGGCUACUCUCGCAUUCCUAUCCACACUCCGGAGAACAAGAACGACUUUGUUGGCAUGCUGCUCGUCAAGAUGCUGAUCACUUAUGACCCUGAAGACGCCCUCCGCGUCCGCGACUUUGCCCUGGCUACGCUGCCCGAGACCCGACCCGAGACUAGCUGUCUAGACAUCAUCAAUUUCUUCCAGGAGGGCAAGUCCCACAUGGUGCUUGUUUCGGACUUCCCCGGCGACUCCCACGGCGCUGUCGGUGUUGUUACGCUGGAAGACGUCAUCGAGGAGCUCAUUGGAGAGGAAAUCAUUGACGAGUCUGACGUAUUCAUUGAUGUUCACAAAGCUAUCCGCCGCAUGGCGCCUGCCCCGCGAAGCCGCGUACCGAAGGGCGCUGUGGUCGUGGACGUCUCACGCCGAACAUCUGAGGCGCCAGUUGUGGACGACGAGACUGAUACCGAGCAGAAUGGUGGUCCACGCAAGAUGUCCAUGCCUGAGCAAAGCGAAGUCCUCCGCCCGGCUAUGUUUACCCUUCGUCGCCGUAGCACGGGCAACAAGACUGCGGAUCCUCUCCGUGCUGACGACCCCGAAGUCAUGAAGCACCUGAAGCAUCUCGGACCAUCGAACGCCGCCAACCGACCCAAGUCUACACGCAUCAACACCGUGAAGAUCAAGCCUGGCAACAUAGCCCUCCCGCAACCCGAAAUUCCCACUACGAUCCCCGAGCAUUCUCGGCCAGGAUCGCAAGGUGUCCUUGCUCAAGCAUCGCAUGCUCCCGAGGGAGGCAUUGGCGAAGGUCUCCUCUCAUCUGCCGCUGGCGAGGCCAGCGACGGCGUGCACAGUCUGGCCGUUGGAUAUGGUACAAUGGCCGCUCCUAGUGGCGACCGCAUGUCUUGGAAGUCUGGCCGAACCAGUGCUAAGAACGUUGGUGACGAUGGCAUCUCUCCCGGUGCUCAACCGACAUACGCCGACAUUGUAUCGGAGAACACUGACGGCCAGAACGGUGGGCAAUCAAAGGGGCGUCGCAACUCCCACAGCACGAUCGGAUCUCUGCGCUCUGAGAAGUCUCGCUCCCGCAGCCCCCCCAAGAAACGCCACACCGCCCGCAGUGGCAGCAUAUCGGAGAACAUCAUCGACGUCAACGGCGUGAAGAAGAUUGUCCUGGAAACCACAAGUUCUAGUGACUCCGAAGACAAGCUCGCAAGCAGCCAAGCUGACGGUGCCCAAGACUCGAGACAACAAUCGGAAGACGAGUCGGCGCACGCCAGCAAGGCCGACGGGAAAAAGAAGCGCAAGAAGCGAGGUAAGAAGAAGAACAAGGGUGGAAACACAGCCGAGUCGCAGCCCCUGCUCGGCAACCGGUAAACCGCGUUCUUCUUCUGACGUUGUAUUGAUUUGCAUUCUAUAGCGUCCAGCGAGGCGGUCCCCGCGAGCGCGCGCAGCAGCGAGAAUACCAAACCCGACGGCCCGUCCAUUCUCGGCAAGCUCAAGAACGGCAUCGUGCGUCGCAUGGCUGAGGAGCGCCCCGCCGGCGAAUACA